AUGGACAAGUCGCGGUGGAGGGCCUGCAUGGCCGCCGUGCGCGACGGCGACGAGGCGGACGCGCUCGCCGCCGUGGCGUUCUGGGCCCGCGAGGCGCCGCGCGUCGACCGGGCGUCCCUCGCGACGGCGACGGCGACGCUCCUGACGGCCCUGCGGCGGCCCGAGCCGGCCCUGGAGCGCGCCGCCGCCGCGGCGCUCGGCGCCAUCGCGGAAACACCGGCCCUCGGCGACGACCUCGCGGCCAUCGUCGAGCCCUUCGCCCGGGCCCAGUGCGGCCGCGUGCCGGCGAACGCGGCCGACGGCGCGCGGCGCGUCCGCAGCGUCGCGGCCGCGCUCGCGGCGCUCGCCGAGGGCGGCGGCGCGUCCGCGCUCCUGGAGCCGCUCCUCGAGGCCUACGUGCCGCGCCUGCGGCGGUCCGCGGCGCGCUUCGACGGCGGUUUGUUGGCCGCGGACGCCGUCGCGCGGCUCGCCGCCGCGGCCGCGCGGCGGUUCCCCGGUGCCGCGUGGCUCGCGGCCGACGGCGGCGCGCUGGACGCCGUCGCCGAGGGCGUCGCCCGGGCCAUCGAACACCUCUUCGAGGACGGCGCGUCGCCGGAGUUGCACUACGCGACGCCCCCGCCCGCGCCCGGCGGCGGCGCGUACGUCGUCGCGGCGGACGAGGCCGUCGUCUUCGCGUCGCCGCGCGGCGUCGCCGCGGGCGCGCUGCCGCGGCACAAGCGCGUCACGGCGACGGCCUGGGACGGCCCGGACUGGGCGCGCGUCGAGGCGCCCGUGGCCGGCUGGGUGCGCUUCGCGGAUCUCGCGCCGCGGUCCGAGGCCAUCCAUUCGUACGUCGCGGCGUCGCCGCUCUGGCGCCAGACCUGCGGCGCCGUCGCGACGCGCAACGGCGUCGCGCGCUGCGAGGCGGCCCUGGCGAAGCGCGCCGGCGACGCCGCCGCGCGGCGCGUCGCGUCGCCGCGCGCGAGGGCCGCGCUCCGGGCUCUCGCGGACGCCGGCGUCGAGCUCCGAGUGCUCCGGUGCCACGCGAACCUGGCGGCCCGGGGCCUGCCGCCGCGGCUCUGGGGGCGCCACCGCGACUUCGCCGGGCGCGGCGUCGGCGCCGUCGACGCGCGGGACCUCGCCGCGUUCCGGGGGUUCGUCCGGCGCCACGAGCCCUGCGUCGUCUGCGGAGCCGCGGACGUCGAACAUCGUUUCGAUAGUGGCGUCCAGUGGGCCGACCUCGGCGACGACGCCUACCUCGCGAAACGCUGCGGCCACCGGGCCGUCGGCGUGCGGGGCGCCUACGUCGACGGCGGCGGGGCCGCCGCGGGCCGCGUCUUCGCGAGCUCGGCGACGGCGCGCGCGCCGCUCGCGGCCGCGCUCGCGGAGCGGCGCCGCGCGGACGCCGCGGGCGAGGCCGCGGCCUUCUACGCGGCGAAGAUCCCCCUCGCGGACCACCUGCCGGAGCUCGACGACGACGACCGGGGCGAACCCGCGUUCGUCGACGCGGCCGCGGCGUGCUUCGGCGCGCCGCACGCGCGGGGGCUCUUCGCCUACGUCGCCCCGGGCGGCGCCGUCACGGGCGCCCACGUCGACCCCCUCGAGAACGUGCUCCUCGUGCUCGCCGGGUCCAAGCGGCUCCGGCUCUUCCCGCCGCGGCCGCGGUGCGCGCGGAACCUACAGCCGGCGAACGCGCCGCUCUUCACCGUCGCGGGCCUCGACGCCCACCCCUUCUCCGACGCCUUCCUCGCCGACCCGGGCCUGCGGUGCGACUGCCUCGACGUCGUCGUAGGCGCGGGCGACGCGCUCUACGUGCCCGCGGGCUGGUGGCACGCGGUCGCGUCGCUCGGGCCGUCCGUGAUCCUCAACUUCUGGCGCGACCUCCACCCGGCGAAGACCCGGGACGCCGAGGACGACGACGGCGGGUUGUACCCGCACAUGGCGCGCGCCCUGCUCCUCUCGAGCCUCCUCGCGACCACAGCGUCCUUCCAGUGGCUCGUCGUCGGCGGCGGCCCGCAGGGCGUGCACGUCGCCGGCCGGCUCCUGCGCGAGGUCGACGGCCUGGCCCUCGACGACGUCUGCAUCGUCGACGACGAGGACGCGCUGCUGCGCAAGUGGAAGACGCGCGCCGAAAACACGGGCAUGCGCUACCUGCGGUCGCCGGCGUCGCUGCACCUCGGCGACGGCGAGCGCGAGCUCCUGCGCCACGCGGAAGCCCACGCGCCUCGAAUCGAUAAGCGCGAGCCGCCCUUCGCGCCGGACUACGCGCGGCCGCGCCUCGACGUCUUCAACGACCACUGCGACUUUCUGGUGGACGCGCACGGCCUCGCCGCGGCGCACCGCCGCGGCGAAGUCGUGGCCGUCGCCGACGCCGGCGACGCCUACGCGGUCACCGUGCGGCGCGCCGGCGGCGACGAGACCCUGCGCGCGGCGAACGUCGUGCUCGCGGUCGGCGGCGGCGCGCCGGCGUACCCGGCCUGGGCCCGAGGCUCCGCGGCGGUCUCGCACGUCUUCGACGACGGCUUCGCGCUCGGCGGCGGCCGCGUCGCCGUCGUCGGCGGCGGCCUCUCGGCCGCGCACCUGGCCCUGCGGCUCGGCGGGCGCGUCGACGUCGUCUGCCGCCACGGCCUGCGCGAGCAGCAGUUCGACACGCACCAGGACUGGAUGGCCACGGCCGCCGCGCGGCGGCUCAUGGGCAAGGGGCCCACGGACCGCCAGGUGAGCUUCGCCGGCAUCGCCGACGUCGCCGAGCGGCGGCGCGUCGUCCGGCGGGAGCGGCGCAGCGGCACGGUGCCCGCGGCCGCGAGCCGCGGCCGGCGCGGGCUCAAGUACGCGAUCGCGUCCGGCGACGUCCGCUGGCACGAGGCGGACGUCGCGGCGCUGCGCGACGCGGCGGGCGGCGUCGUCCUCGAGCUGACGACGGGCGCCGCCGUCGCAGCGGAACGCGUCGUCCUCGCGACGGGCUUCGGCGCCGGGCCGCCGGCGCGGCCGCUCGUCGACGCCGCCGCCCGCGGCCUCGGCGCGGCGCUCGCGCCCUGCGGCUACCCCGUCCCGGACGCGAAGCUCCGCUGGCACGACCGCGGGUCGGGCGCGCUCUACGUCGCCGGCGCGCUCGCGGAGCUCGAGCUCGGGCCGUCCGCGCGGAACCUCGCCGGCGCGCGCCUCGCGUCGGAGCGCAUCGUCGCCGCUGCGCGGGGGGUGUCGUAA